AUGAAACCUCCACGCUCUUUACGUUCACAAGUACUCAAUACUGAUAAUAAUAAUGGACUUGGGAGUAUGAUGGACCCGUCUCGGCUGCAAUCCUUGCCUCCUACUUCUAACCCGUCCGAAACAUCGCUCGAACUCUAUCAUGGAAACACUAAUCGUCGAAUACAAGUCAUUCGAAUAGGUGCUAGUGCUGUUGAAGGACGUCCCACCAGCGUAAACACAGCUGCUCCAGUACUGCCAUUCAACAACCAAGUAAACACGUUCUCGACUUAUAUCGAUCGACAGCCUACGCUUUUUACCAAGAACGCUUCAACAGGACGCAAAAUGGCAGAGCUCAAGGUCGUUCUAGGCAAGGAACCAUCGGGCAGGUUGCAAGCGAAUGCAAAGGCACUCCCUCUGAGUCCCCAAGACUCAGAAUCCGCUGUCGCAUUAGAGCAGGCGAAAACACGUGCGCGGAUCAAACUCGACCUUCUCUUGGAAAGUGGCGUGUGCGUUGAGGGUGGAUAUCUCAAAGGCAAGGUCAUUGUCAACGUUCGCCCUCCUAUGAACAAGGAUGGCCUUACGUUUCUUGGACAAGGCAAGGUUCGGGUCGUUGGUUUCGAAGCGAUUCCCCACAACGAUCUAAGAUUUACUUUCUAUCACUGCGGCGCUAUGCUGGACGACGUUUCGCCAUUUAGCGAUUCACUCUACAACUCGCCAGAGGAUGCGACAGGGUUUCGCUUGGGCCGUAUUGGCAGACAUAUCCUCCCUUUCGCCAUGAGACUUCCACCGAGACAUCCAGACGCACCGGUAGCAAAGGGUGUAUACGAAAGUCGGACGAGUGGCAGCAGCAUUCGAUACAUUGCCAUGAUUUCAAUCAAAGUCAAAGACGUCGAAACGGGCCAGACAUCUAUCGCUCAUUUCUACCGCUACCUAGAGUUAUGGCCUCUACUAGAUCCUCUUCGAAGUUUGGCUCCAAGUCCGACACCCAUAUAUGCGACUACGUCCAAGAGCGUUUUUCUAGGUGGCUCGGGAACAAUCAAGUUGACAGCUAGCAUCCAUCGCGAGACUUGGGUAGCGGGACAGAAGUGCUUCGUCAAGGUAUUCAUUGCAAAUGACACAGAGAGGAAACGAGUUCAAAGUCUCACCUUGAGCCUGAUCCGCACGGAGACCAUGUUCAUACCAGAUCUGGACGCGGCAAUCCCAGAGGGCACUCUCAUACGCAGCGACUCUGACGCGUGUCGGACUUCUACAACCAAGCGAGUCAUAGCAAGGUCUACCCUGGAGAUGGGAGAAACUGCUAUAUCUCGACAUGUUACCGCCGUUGGCUGGUGGACGGGGGUGCCACCCUCAAGCGCGUUGGAGUUCAAUCAUAGCAUUCUGAUUCCGCCCCUUGCUUUAACGAUCCCCAGAAGUCGCUUGCUCGAGGUAGGGUUUGCACUGGACGUCCGAGUAGGCACAGGGACACUCUCUUCGGAAGUCUUUGUUAUAUUGCCAAUUAGAGUCGUCAACUACAUUUCAUUGGACCCUUUACCAGCAUUUGGACCACCCGAGAAGCUUGGGACCGUCUCCGACAAAACUAACGUCUCCUUUGUCGUCCAAAGACCCCCAUCUCUUACUCAAAUUGUUGCAAGAGAGUUGAUAUUUAGUCGAAGCCGUGCUCAAAGCGAACCACUACAGCCACCCACACUACCCUAUGUGUCCAUGCCAAAUGGGACUUACCGAGGGUCAGCCGAAAUGCCACGAACCGAAAAACUGCAAGUAUGCAAUCGAACCUCUCAAGAUAUGUCUCUAAGUAUCAGCGGUUUCCAUCCGCCAAGUAUAUGGAUCGACAAAUCUCCACAUGAACAGACUCCGCAUGCAAUUCAGGAAUCGGAUGACGGACUGGUAGAACCGGAAAGGCCCCCUAGCCAAUCUGACCUUCUCGCUAUGCUCUUUGGGGUUACUCAUACCCCAGAGGCUCCUGGAGUGUCACGUCAAGCCAACGAUCGAGUCGCAGCUACAUUGGUCCAGGAAACAAAGUUGCAACAUGAAGCGUGUUUAAGUGAAAGUGACCAGUUCGAACGGACAGAAAGCGAUGUCCCGGCCAACACCCCAACUAUCUCUGAAUGUCCUGUGCUAUUGCCGCUUCUCGAAUCAUCUCCUACAAGAGACUCACACGAUGCAUUGGAAGAGAACUUUCUCUUCGAAUGUAACGAGGAGGAUAUUGCAAGUAGCUUUCCAUCGCGACGAGGCUCGACAGACACAAUGGAGGUUCCCGUUUCUGGGCGACCUUUUUUCACUUGGUCGGACGACACCGACAAUUUCUCAACCGCCUCGAAAUCUCAAGGAUCAAGCGCAAUGACGACCCCGAACGAGUCCAAGAUCGCAUCAACAAGACGACCCCUACCACAAAGACCCCGCCCGCAUCCUAUUUUCAUGGCGAGGUCAUCUGGUUCACGUGCAUCGGUCUUGCCUCUAGAUCUCUCACCCUCAAAGAAGACUACAAUUCGCGAGAGUGCGGACCUUUUCAAAUCAGACCUGCUGGUAACCGAGAUCAACCAAGAUGUUGCAUUGCAAAACAUAGUGGUAAAGGCGAAGGAAUCUGCAGAAAUCGUCUCCUCAACCAGCAUGAACGAAGUCCCCACCACUGUCUCAGCAUUGAUGCGUCAGGACCUCGAUACCCCAAUAUUGCCGAGCUAUCGAGAACAAGAGAUAAAAGGACCUGCGGUUUUCGAACGGUCUUUUGCCACUUCUACGCGUCCAGCACGAACCCAAGAGAUGAAAAGGCCGCCAGUCACCCUCUCCUCAAUUAAAGCGCGCAUCGCAAUGUUCGAGCAACGUGCGGCUGAUGAAGCUACUCGCACACCCCCAUUCACUGUUCACGCACCUUCUCAGCGAACUCGAGGCAGCGUUGGAGAUCCACUCAAGAGCAAGAGGCUUUGGUAA